AUGUCCGCAAGAUUCAUUCUCGCAGGAGCAGCCAUAAUGGCUAGCUUCAUUCGAGCACAAGCGAGGCUUGACUUGACCUCUUCAAGCAACAUCGCCCUCUAUUGGGGUCAGAACUCAUACAACCAGGCCAGCGGCGACUAUGAACAACAAAACCUGGCAUACUACUGUGAGCACACAGAUGCCAAUGUUUUUCAAUUGGCUUUUGUUACUGUUAUUAACGGUCUCGGUGGCGUGCCCGUGAUCAACUUUGCCAACAUUGGCAACAACUGCACUACUUUUCCUGGCACUUCUCUUUUGUACUGCCCUCAAGUUGGUGACGACAUCAAGACAUGCCAGGCAGCUGGCAAGACUAUCCUCCUCUCCAUCGGCGGUGCAACCUACUCCGAGGGAGGAUUCGCUUCGACAGAUGCCGCUACUGCCGGAGCCAAGUUGAUGUGGGAGACCUUCGGCCCCAACUCUAACAGCUCGGCUCUCCGCCCCUUUGGAGAUGCCGCUGUUGACGGAUUCGACUUUGACUUCGAGGCCACUGUUCGUAACAUGCCUACCUUUGGUAACGCGCUCCGCACUCUCAUGGAUGCCGACACCAGCAAGCAAUAUUUCUUGACUGCCGCCCCACAAUGCGUUUACCCCGAUGCUGCUGACAACGAGAUGCUCAACGGUGCCGUCGGGUUCGACGCUAUCUGGGUCCAAUUCUACAACAACUACUGCGGAGUCAACAACUACGUCGCCGGAGCCACCACUCAGAACUACAACUUCAAGACCUGGGACACCUGGGCCAAGAACACCUCUGCCAACCCUAACGUCAAGGUCUUCGUCGGUGUUCCCGGUAACACCGGCGCUGCCGGAGCCGGCUACCUCUCUGCCUCUGCCCUCCAGCCUGUCCUCCAGUACUCGGCUACCUUCUCCAGCUUUGGCGGUGUCAUGAUUUGGGACGCUAGCCAGGCUUAUGCCAACAAUGGCUUUCUCUCCAGCCUCGCUUCAAGCUUGGGCAGAAAAAGUUCCCGCAUUAUGCGUCGCCUUGUCGACCGCCCUUACUGGUAA